AGAGUCCUGCACUCCCUAGUUCUGACACGUGCCUGGUGGGGACAGAGCAAGGGGUAGAAGGAUUCCUGGGAGUCAGGACACCCACCUGCAUCUCUCCCCUGCCUUCAGAUGAAUCCACGGGCCACACUCUGCCUGUCCCUGGCUUUGUGCUGGCUGCUGGCUGAGAGCUUUGGAAUGGCUCUGAUGCCAAAAGACAAACGUGGAUGGACCCUGAACAGUGCCGGGUACCUGCUGGGCCCCCAUGCUCAUCACACUCUGAUGGAGAAGGGGGCCCUGGCUGGGAAGCGAGAGGCUGUGGAGGACAUUGACCUCCUGGGGUCAGAGCACUUUGGUGACCCCGUGCACCCCAUGGAUGAGAGUGCCAUCCAUACCCUGCUGGACUCCCUCCCCUACCUGCACCUCCAAGAGCUGGGAGCUCUCGAGCGCUUGGCCUUUCCUAACGGUGCCAUCCAGCCCUGACCCCUCAGGCCCCGUGCCCAGAACCCUGCCUGCACCUCUUCCUGACACAGGCAGCAGCAGGCACACUCACUCUCACUGGUACCCCCACCCAUGUUUGCACUUCCACUAGUGCUGGCCACCCUGAACACAGCUGCCCCACUAGCUUGCUUGUGCCUCUUGCACAAGUGCCCACUCCCACUCACACUUCUUUGCAUGGGGGCCUCUCCCGCUUACUCACUCUCACACUAAUCCUUACUCACACUGUAGUCCCCACAUGCUUCCUCUUCUCUGCACUAAUACAGCCCUCAGCCCCACUUGCUCACAUGCCUGCUCUGACCCUGCCCACCCCCCCCAGCACACUUGUGCAUAGACCUGCACAAUGACCCUCCCAUGCCCAUUGUGGCAUGUGGGGCUAUGUGCUGCAGCACUGACACUCUGCAGAUGCCUGCCCUAGCCCCCUUGUUCACAUUCACAUAUGCCCCAUUGACACGUGAACUCAUGAUCACCCUUGGAUUCCACCAGCUCCAUGCACAUGAACACACGUGCUAACAGAUGUGCUCAUGCAAGCACUGGUGUUCACACUAUCCCUCGCACUCAGGGGUCCUUCCCUAAAACUGCCUGGUGAGGCACUCCCAUCACAUAUCUCUUCACCUCCCACUCCAGCCUCAGAGCUGGUCCAGGGCAAAGGACCCCCAGCCCCUCUGCCCUGCUGGGAGCAGAGUGGGGCCUGGUGGGUUAGUGCAGGGGGCUGCUGGGAGUCUGGACUCCUGGGCUCUCCUCAGUCUCGUCAUCACUCACUUCCCCUGCCUGGCAUUGAGGCUGCCAUCCCUUCUCCAUCUUAUUGCCUCAGUUUCCCUUCCUGGGGAGAGACCCCAACCUCCCCCACAAACACUUCCUUAAGGGUUCCUUCUCUGCUGGGGCAUGAGGCAACCUCCCUCUUCCCACCUUCUCCCUCUAUGCCACAGACACCCCACAGAGACUCCCCACCUGCCCAUAGCCAUAUGGGGCCAUGGAUGCAUGGUGCCGGAUUCCCACUCCUGCCACAAUGCUUUUAACCCCUUGUUCUCCAAAUGGAGUCAGUCCCUCUUCUGGGCUGGGGCUGCAGCUAUGACCAGGGUGCACCUAGCUGCCGGGACAGGGACUAUGGGGCACAGACACCCUCCCCCGCACCUAAUUUCGGCCCCUGGCACAUUGGACAAAGGGAACGAGACAUGGCCUCCGGAGAACAAGUGCAGGGAGUGAGAGUGAAUAAACCCUUUU